AUAAUAGUCUAGUUAGUAGGUACUCCGGUUAACACUUUAAUAGUUAAAUAAUACACAAUAUUUUAUUAUUAUUAUUUAUUAUUAAUAUUAUUUAAAAACGGAUAAUGCCCGUCAGAUACCUAUUAUAUAAAUUAAUGAAAUUAUUCAAUUUAAACAAAUUAAGGCCAACACUACUCGUUUGCAAUGCUGUUUAUUAUUAAAUGUUACAGUUUGUAUUGCAGUUUCUAUGUGUUCGAACACAUUAGGUAGCCAUCGAAUUGAACCCACGAGCACACGACACCAUCACCGGACACACAAUCGACGUCUGGAAGAUGGACUUUUGGAAAUAUAUCGUUAGGAUUAAGAUACCCAGUCCGGUGAGCUACAUGAGCGCGAUCCUUUUAUUAAUUUUCACGACGGGCGUCUACAAGCAGUUGACUUUGACCCAAAAGACAGCCAACAAUUGUGAGAUGACGUUCAUGUUUGAAUACCCUCAUUUUGUUGAAAUAUCGGUGCCCAUGAACAGGGGAAAAUAUAAUUUGUACGCUUACACAGAAGGUCAAACAAUGGAGAAAAUUAAAUCUAUGAAGUUUUAUGGUACGCCAGUUGUUUUUAUACCCGGACACAGUGGAUCGUACAGACAAGUUCGGUCAAUUGCUUCUGUUAACAUUAGAAAGAUGUACCAUAUUCAAUCAAAUAUAAAAUUUGAUUUUUUUACUGUCGACUUAAAUGAAGAAUAUUCUGCUGUCUUUGGAGGUGUCUUAUUACAGCAAACUGCAUUUGUUUCCCAGUGUAUUGAUACAAUCAUAAAAACAUAUGAAUAUGACUACAAGCCUACGUCGAUCAUACUUAUUGGACAUUCUAUGGGUGGUAUUAUAGCUAAAGGAUUGUUCAUUGAUCCUUCGUUUGAUACUGAACUCGUAGAACUGAUUAUUACUCUGGCCACUCCUCACAGGCCUUUGUUUUUAGCCGAUCACUAUAUGGAUAGCUAUUAUGACCAAGUGGAAAACAUUUGGGGGAACGGAUUAGACAAGCCAAGGUCUUCAUUUCUGUCAAAUAUUUCACUAUUAUCCAUUGGUGGCGGGCAUCGAGACUUAAUGGUUUGGCCUUGCCUGACAUAUACUCCACAUGCAGACAUAAAUGCAUUAAGUUUAGCUAUACCUGGUGUCUGGACUUCCACUGAUCAUCAGUGUAUAUUGUGGUGUAAAUCAUUGGUAAAAUCCAUUGUAAGAGUGCUAUUUGACUCCGCAGAAUCUGAAUCGGAUGAUACAAUUUAUGAAUGGAGAAAAAAAGUAUCUUCUUAUCAUUUUGACAAAAGAAGUAAUGGAAAAUGGUUUCAUUCUAAUUUACAUCCUAUUACUGUAAAAUUGAAUGAACCCAACGUUAUUGAAUGGAAUGAAACAUAUAAGCUUCAGAGAUCAAUUUCUUUGGAGAAAGGAACGGCAAUGCCAAUUGUUAUUCAUCUGCCAUUGUUUGAAAAAUCAUUUAACUAUGAAAUGACAGCUGAAGCUGUAAAUAUUGAAUACCACGAUUGGGUGUUUUCGUGUAAACCUGAUUAUCAUUCGAAAAAACACUGUUUAUUUGGUACAAAUUGGUCUUCUAAUAGUACUAUAUCAGUUUCAAAACAUAUGAAAAGGAGACAUAUUACUUUAAAUAUGACUGACGUAAAUAAAUUGGGUCAUUCAAAUUUGGUUUUCAAAAUCAAAAAUACAAAAAAACCGACUGCUUUGAAUAUUGACUUGUAUGAAGCUAGUGAUAGAACUAAUCAAAUAUUGUGGCGAUUUUGGUAUGGAGUUUUUGAUAGACACCUGUUGUGGAAAGUCAAUGUUUUUGAGACGAUACAGUACAAAACUAUUCUGCGUGGUUGGUCAGCUAGUAUAUGCAUGCAUUGUGUGUAUAAUGUACACAUGGUACCCAUCAAAUGCUCAAAAAAACAUCAUCAUGCUGUUUCUAAAUUUAUCGUACCAUGGACACAAGGCGUUUUGCAUGGUAUCACUAGUGACAGUUAUGUGGAACCACUGAGAAUAUCUUUAGAAAAUAUUCCUCAGUCAAAUACAACAAAAAAUCCAUAUUUGCAAUUCAUAUUAGACCCAACAUGCAACUAUCGUAUUGAAUUAGAUCUAUCAAUUAUGGACUCAAUUGGAACAAUAGGAUUGAAAUACGGUUUGACAUUUCCUUCAUACAUUGGAAUCAUAAUACUGUUGGUAUUGUCAAAUCAAUUUUCACAGUUGGCCAAUUCAACUAAAGAUGAUUGCUCAAUAUAUCACAACUCCUUACCAUCUAUAAUCAGAGUUUUUAAGACUUUAGCUGUUACAAUUUGUUUUUUGACUGCUAUACAAAGCCAGUGGCCUAACGUCAACAAACCAAUCGGGGGUAUAGACUGGCUUGGACAUCCAUUAAAGACAAUGGUGUUUUCGUCAUUGCUAUAUUGCAUAACCAAUUCAUUUAUGUAUUUUGCUAGUGUAGCACUAUGGAUGAUGAUGUUGUUUUGGGGGAAAGCCAUAAACGAACUGUUGGUCCGGUUUAUAAUGAAAACGUUGCGAAAAAAUGCUACAUUAUCUGACUGGAUAUUGUAUGGAUUUGGAAAAUUACCAAUAGCUGUUUCAAUGAUAGCUAUUUUAAUUUCUUACCAUACUUGUGGCACUGUAGGACUUGUUAUUUCAGCAUUUUUCUAUUAUUUCUUACUGUGCACAAUGGUACAAGACUGCAUUGACCAGUUGAUUUAUUACCCAGUGAUAUUUUUCAAAGAUUAUUUUAUGAAAGGCGAAAAACCAGGUUUGAAUUUAUCGCUGACAUCCAUCCACCUGCACUUUUCACUGUUUUUGUUGUGGUUACUUAUUUGCGGUUGUCAUCUGCCGUGCAGCAUUGAAUGGGCACGAAAUUACCAUCAUAGCAAAUACUUAGAUCCAGAUCCAUCAUGGAUUUCCUCUUUAAUAUUAAAUACGUGUGCCGGUAUUUUAUGGCAGAUGGACAUUCCCAAACGUAAUUUAAAAUUCUACGCACAAUUAAGCAACCUUUGUGUAGCAGCUUCAAUAAUUUUGUUUUUGUUCUGCCAGACUGCAUUAUUUCGAAUAGCUCCAAUUUUAACAUUGGUUUUUUUAAUCAUCACUUUGCACCAGUGUUUUAGUUCUUGGAUAGGAGUACAAGACCUGAUUGAUAACCAAGUAAGUAGUGCUAAUGAUAAGGUGCCACAAAAAAAAGUGGAGUAAAAUAUGAUAAAUUGUAAGUAAGUUUAUAAUAAUACGAUAUUAUGUAAUAUGAUAUGUAAAAGUUAAUAGGGGUGGACUGACAAGGGUUGUGCUAGUGUGCAAUAGCAUACCAGCCUAAUUCGAUGUUGGGAAGGGGGUCGAUGAUUAUAUAACAAUAUUAAACUAUGAUUUAUUACUAUUAGUUUAUUAUUGUAUGAUACUGGUGUCUGGUACACAUACCUUUUUUUCCUUGGUACAAGAAAACCGCUGUUAGUAUUAUUUCUCCUCUACCCCCAAUGGUACGCAUAUCUGUCAGUACACCCCUGAUAGUUGAUUCUUUUAUUUAACAGUGAACAUUAUUUUUUGUUAAUUGUUGUGUUGUGUAAGAAGAAACAAUUUUAUAACUUCUAUAUCAGGGACUCUUAAACUUUAUUUUUCUAUUAUUGUUGGCCCAAACGAAUGCAACAUUUUACUAUUUUGGCCACCAAAGAAAACAGAUUGGACAUCACUGGUUUAAAAGUUCAUAAUAUAAUAUGUGAAUAUCAGAUAUUGAAGCAAUAGUUUAUAUUUUUAACUUUUAACAUUAUAAGUUUUUAAUAAGAAAAAAGAAAUGGCACAAAAAGGCGUAACUUUAAAUACUGAAAACUAUUAGUUCUAUGUGAUCCUUUUCAGUUGUUGUAGAUAUUCCAGUGGCCAAGCCCCUGGACCACCAGUAUUCUCGAUUCUAUUAUUUUACUCAGCACUAUCACUUUUUAAGUGUAUAAUGUAAAUUUAUGUUAUUUUACUGACAACCACCAAUAAACAAAAAAAUCGAUAAAUAAGAAUUUAAAAAUCGCUUUACAAAUAGUAGAGUAAGUGGUUUUACAAAUACCUUUUGUGUCCCUAUGUCCAACAAUUUAAUAGUUUUGUGACCAAACUUACACAUCUAGUUGAUGAAGAGCACAGCAGUCUUAAAACAAUUCCAUUAUAUAUUUUUUGUCAGUAUAUACCAUAGAUCAUCUACUAUGGGUAGAUCCAGGCCUAUAUCGGGCUAUGUAAACAAUUUGAAUUACGUAAAAGCGAUGAGUCUCUUGUCAUUGAUGCUUGAUGCACGCAUUAAUGAGGCGAACCGUCGGAUUUUUAGUUGUUGGUUUCUGAUUGAUAUUAAACACCUUUGCACGUUUUUUCUAAAUAAAAAUGAAAUACAUUUCAAAUAAAUUUCAUACAUAUGUAUUUACUGCUUUUAAUAAUAAAUAUUACUGUUUUUAAAAUUGGUUACAUAAUUGAUAAUAUUGAACAAUCAAAUGGCUAACACAUUUAUUGUCUAUUAGUUUUUUAACAAAAUUAAUUUUGUAUAAUUCUUUCUAACUUUUCUUCCAGUUAUUAAAGUGUAUGCAUUUUAAAGAAAUUAUGUAGUUUGAGUGUUCUGUAAUAAUCAAGUAUAAUUGACUUAGAUGAUUGUCAUAUAAAUCUUGAUUUAAGGAUUCUAAAUAUAUAGAUAUUAAAUUGCAGUAUAAUUACUAAUAAUAACAUAAUCAUAUUAAUGUAUACACGUAUUUAUCUCUUACUAGUUACUUACUUGAAUUAUUAUGAUAAGAUAUAAUCUAAUAGAAACACAAAUAUACUUGUUUAUUAUUAAUAAACCUGUUAGUUUAUAAAAUAAAAUAAACAUAUUCAAAUAUAGUUAAAGUGGGGGGAUCUCUGACAGCGGUUAAAAAC